AUGCGAUUCCAAGACUGGUUUCUCCCUCUUGCUCUGCUGGGCGCGGGCAUCUCGCCAGCUCACGCCUGGCCGACCACUGGACAUCUGGCGCGAUUGAUGGCCAAAUCGACUCAUGGUGCUGAGAAACGAUGCCCAUUUGCUGACAUCCGGGCUGGGAUUGAGAAAGCAAUCGAGAAGCGAUCCUUGCUUGAGCCGACAUCCUCCCCGAUUGACAUCUCCGGAGAGCAUUCCUUCCAGCCGCCGGACUUCAGCAACGGAGACCAACGUGGGCCAUGUCCGGGUUUGAACGCGUUGGCAAAUCAUGGAUAUAUCCCCCGUAAUGGCGUUGUCACGAUGGCUGAUGUGAUCCCUGCCAUUAACCAAGUCUACGGUAUGGGACUGGAUAUCAGCACCAUCCUCGCCGUCAUGGGCACCGUAUUCGUCGGAGAUGUCCUCUCCCUUGCCCCGGGCUUUUCCAUCGGAGGUUUCUCUCCGGCGGUCCAAAAUAUUUUGGGCAACCUGGAGGGUCUUCUCGGCGAGCCCCGAGGCCUCAAUGGCUCCCACAACAUCAUCGAAGCCGACUCGUCCAACACCCGGGAUGAUCUCUACGUGACGGGCGACAACACCCGUCUCAACCUGACCCAGUUUAUCGAAUGGUACCAGAUGGCCGACCAGGACGGCAACAACGGCACUUUCAGCAUGGACCUGAUGGCCAAACGGGCCAAGAUCCGCUUCGAGGAGUCCAUCGCGACGAACCCCAACUUCUACUACGGGCCUUUUACUGGGGCGAUUGCGCGUAAUGCAGGCUAUAUCUUUCCGGGUCGGUUCUUCCGCAAUUACUCGGCGGAGAAUCCCGAGGGUGUUCUCACCAAGGAAAUCGUCAAGAACUUCUUCGCUGUCUACGGUGAGGACGGCAAUCUCACCUACAAGGAGGGCUGGGAGAGAAUUCCCGAGAACUGGUACCGGAUGCCUGUGGACUAUACUCUGGUGCAGUUGAAUCUCGACUUGCUGGACUUUGGCCUGAAGUACCCGGAGCUGCUGAGCAUCGGCGGUAACACCGGCACGGUCAACAGCUUCACCGGCGUCGACAUCGCCAACCUGACCGGCGGCGUCCUCAACGCGGCCACUCUGCUGGAGGGCAACAACCUGCUGUGCCUGGUCUUCGAGGUCGUGAAGACAGUCAGCCCCAACCUGCUGUCGGGCAUCUGGGCCACGCUGGCUCAGCCCCUGGAGCUCAUCACCAAUGCGAUCGACACGCCGCUGCUCAACCUGUCCUGCCCGGCUUUCAAGGACCUCCAAAUUGGCGGGCAGCCGAUCUGGGAGGCGCUGAAGAACGACUUUCCCGGUGCGAUGAUGAGCAACAGCACGCUCUAG